AUGGCAACCUCUUCAAUCUUCCACCGCGCAAAUGAAACCGCCGAGCAUCUCCGCCUGCGACUGCCCGAACAUCUCGCCCGACCGCGAGUAGGCAUUGUCUGCGGCUCAGGUCUGGGUGGGCUUGCGGCAACGGUGAAUCAAGAGCGUGACGAAGACGGCAAGGCGGUCAGCUGGGAGUGGGCAUACAAAGAUGUUCCAAAUUUCCCAUUAAGCACUGUGGUCGGCCAUGAAGGCAAGCUCGUCUUCGGCACCAUGGGCGCGCACCGAGUUCCCGUUGUCCUUCUCGUAGGCCGAGCACAUUUCUACGAAGGGCACGACAUGUCCGCCGUCACAUUCGCCGUACGCGUUUGCCGUGUACUCGGAUGCCAAACCAUGCUUCUCACCAAUGCGGCCGGCGGUUUGAAUCCGGACUACUCUGUCGGCGACCUGUUAUGUCUCAACGACCACCUCAACUUUGUGGGAGUGGCUGGCUUCCAUCCGCUGCGUGGGCCCAACGACGACGACUUUGGCGUUCGCUUCCCUCCUUUGAGUGACGCGUACGACCUUCGCCUCCGCCAACUCGCACACAAAGCCUGGAGAGAUAUCCAGUCAGAGCAUUCGUCAAAGGGAAGCGCCAGCACUCGGCGCAUGCACGAAGGUGUCUACGCAUUCCUUUCCGGUCCAACGUAUGAGACUCGAGCGGAGUGUCGCAUGCUCCGCCUGCUGGGAGCGGAUGUGGUGGGGAUGUCGACCGUGCCCGAGAUCAUUGUGUCCCGUCAUUCCGGCAUGCGCGUUCUGGCGUUCAGUCUGGUGACGAACAAGGCUGUGCUAGAGCCCACGGUACGUGCUGAUGACCCGGCUGUGCAAGGGCUGUCGGAGGAGGAGAUGGAUGCGUAUCUCCGUCGCGGCAUGGCAGACCACACAGAAGUGCUCGAGGAGGGAAGGCUGGCGGCGAUUGAUAUGCAGAGUUUGGUGAUGAAGGUCGUCUCGGGGCUGUAG